AUGUGGAUCACGCCUGGCGAGCUGGACGAAAGUACUAUUCCGUAUCCCCAGUACAGGCAGACGUGGCGGGAAAAGAACCCAGACCAUGAAUACAAAGUUCUGUCGGGCGAAGAUCUGAAGAGCGCCGUGAAAAAUGCCUUUGAGCACACGGUGCCCGAAGUCUGGGAGGCCAUGGAAACCAUGCCAUUGAUAAUUCUACAAUCUGAUUUCUCGCGGUAUUUGAUGUUGUUCUUGGAAGGAGGUGUUUGGGCAGACCUCGACACCACUUGUGACCGACCGAUCAGCAAGUGGUUUCACAACCUCGUUGACUACGACAUCAGGUUUGUGGGCUCUGUGGAGCACGACGUGAACAACGACUCGUGGCCAAGCUUGACAAGUAGGCGGUUGCAAUUUGAGAACUGGGCUUUUACUAGCGACAGAUUCCAUCCCGUUCUGGCCAUGGUGAUUGCUCAUGUCAUCAAAAUGCAUUUCACGGUCAUGUACGAGGGAAACCUCAACAUGUACAGCGGUGGCAGCGAUGCCAAAGCUUGUAACCGUCUAUCGGUUAUUGACUGGACAGGGCCCGGUGUCUUUACAGAUGGAAUCUACAGAUACAUGAACGAGGCUGAGAAUAGAGAGUUCGUAGACAUCGAUCUCAAUAGGUAUAACGCUGACGAAGAGUUAUACGGCCCGGGCACGGGUGACAAGAUUAACUGGCGUGGCUUUUCUGGGCUGAACGCUCCUGUUAUAUUCAACAACGACGUGUGUAUUCUGCCCAAAUCAGGAUUCCGGUGCACCAGCGACUUCGACGAGUCUGUCGAGGAGUACUGCUACUUGACACACCAUUUUGCUCGGUCGUGGUUCCCAGAAAUAGAAUGA